AUGAAUGGGUGUGUUUACAGUGUGUUUACCAUGUCUGGGCACAGGAUAGGAGGGGGUUGACUGGAGAUUGGGAGGCAACCGGAUGGCUUCCGGCUUGGAUAUGAUGUGUAGCCUACAUCAGCAGAUAAUAAAAAAAAUAUAUGGUAUUCCCCAGUGGAUGUGUGGUUAUUGCUUUUACUUAAGUCAAAUAUCUGAGUAGACUACUUCUUUCAGUGUGAUGGUUGAUUCAUUGAGAUGGCCAGGAAGUUGUAACAAGCGCAGGCAGGUGUAUGUAUGCUUGGCUGGCAGGUAGAGGAACAAGGAAGUGUGGGCUGGGUUUCUGUCGCAAUAGUGUAGUGUAGUACCUGUGAGCCGGAUCACUGGAUUCUUCGAGGACCAUUACAGCGGUAAUAUGGUCACUGGUUUCCCGGGACUUUUAGUCUACUACAGAAGAGAAAAGACAACGAAGAUCCGAGGUGCUUUGAAAUAGGGACGCGGAAAAGUAAAAGUUUUAAUGGCGAACGGGAGGGGACGCUUAAAAGGCAUCUUUAUCUGCAUCCUGAUAGCAGUGUCACUCUUUUUCAUCUAUCUGAACUGUGACCGGACGUUGGCGGCAAAGAGGGUUAUGCCAGCACCCCCAUCAUCGGCACUAGAAUCAGCAGCAUCAGCAUCAGCAUCAGCACCAGCACCAGCAUCAGCAUCAGCAGCAUUAGCAUCAGCAUCAGAAUCAGCAGCAUCAGCAUCAGCAUCAGCAUCAGCAGCAGCAUCAGCAUCAGCAUCAGCAUCAGCAUCAGCAUCAGCAUCAGCAGCAGCAGCAGCAUCAGCACCAGAAUCAGCAGCAUCAGCACCAGAGCCACAAUGGGAGGAUCCUGGGCCGUAUCAUGUGGCCUAUCCACGAAACUACAAGUUUAUCAUGGAUGACACGCCGGCGUGCAAGAACACCAAUCCUUUCCUGGUCCUGAUGGUUCCGGUUGCACCCGGUGACGUGGCAGCUCGGGACACCAUCCGGAAGACGUGGGGAAAUGAGAAACUGGUUCUGGGUCAGCUGAUCGAGACUCUCUUCAUACUGGGCCGACCGGGGGGAGCUGAUGCUGAGCAGCAGCAGGAGAAGCUCAAACAGGAGAACCUGCAGCACCAUGAUCUGAUCCAGAGUAACUUCCGGGACAGCUACCGCAAUCUGACCAUCAAGACAAUGGUGAUGCUGGAGUGGCUGACUGUGCACUGUGCCAAAGCUUCCUAUGUCAUAAAGAUUGACUCCGAUAUGUUACUGCAUGUCCCAAAUUUGGUUAAGCUGUUGCUGGAUCCCAAAACGGCCAAACAAAACUACAUGACAGGUUGUGUGUGGUGGAGCAGCCCGGUUUUGAGAAACCCCUUCAACAAGUUCUACAUGCCAACAAACGUGAUUGCUGAGCCACAGUACCCUCCAUAUCCUCUGGGCAUGGCCUACGUCAUGUCCCUGGACCUGCCUGCCAAGAUCCUGGGAGUUGCUCCUAAGAUUAAACCGAUCUUCAUAGAAGAUGCCUACCUGGGUAUGUGCCUAAAACUUCUGGGCAUUUCCCCCACCAACCCUCCUGAAAAUACUAUGUUCAUUGUCAACCCUAAGCAUCCUCUGAGCAGCUGCAGCCUUUCAAAAGUGAUUGCAGUGACAACGACAAGCAUCUCACAGAUGACGAGUUACUGGGAGAGGAGCAGACUGCCAGAAGCUAAAUGUUGAACUUCAUGAGGUUUACCAAGACCAAGAUUUUAGAAGAAUUCUUUACUGAAUCUGACAAAUAUUUUACAGAAAUCACAAUAGAGCAUACUUAUUUUGAGUUGCUGUUUGUUGAGUUUGCUGACAACAUGCAAGCACCUUGCUCCUUGGUUGGACAGAAAAAUUUCUUUUUGGGCCUCAUUAUAGAAAACUCCCACAGUAAGUCUAAAAUCUUGUCUCAGUUUAGGAUGACAUUUGGGAUUUUUGGUAUUGCAGAAACAUUCUGCAUUCAGGAUCGAAACCCAUAAUAUCUUAGGAUAGGAAUUUAGCUAUUAGAGGCAUAUAUAGCAUAUAUAUAGGCAAAAUAACUGCCAAAGUGGCAGCAGUACUGUUGUUAGGUCUAUAUGGCUGGUCAAGGUCAGCCCACCUUAAGUGAGCCUGAUCCAAUGAUGUUGCUAGCUCGUUAGCUAACCCCCUUUACUCUAAUCAGCGGCAGUAAUGAUCAGCGGACCGACUCUUUUCACAGAAUCGGUUCCUUUGAGUUUAUACAUGUAAAUGUAUGGAACCAUUCGAGUUUCAAUAACUUUUGCUAAAUGUGGCCUCAUUUUCUUCACGACAAAGUCUGUUAUAGUACGUGCACGUCACCUUUUAAAACACAGCAGCUGCCCGUCCCUCAACACUUCUUACAAUGCAAGCAAGCGGGCAAAGUUUAUUUAUAUAGCACCUUUCACAGACACCAGUGUUGGGACCAAGAGAUAGGGAAUUAGACAUUAUCUCUUAAACAUAGAUCUCAACAAUGCGGCCUCAGAGCAUCAAGCCUCUGAGACGUGUUUUUCCUGAACAAAGGAAUCUGGGCCUACACGGGAAUUCCAAACCGUGAACACCCUCUGGAACAAAGGAAAGCACAUGGGGCUUCUCAAGCAAAGGGUGAGGUCUCCAUUUUACUGUAGCAGCCAAAAAGUCACACUUAUAUGUCACUCUCAAAAUGGCGGAAGGUUUGAAUCCCCAUUGGCUGCUGGGACCCUGAACGCAGCAUGGGGUCCCAGCCUAUAAAGCCUUCCGACUCACCUCCCUGCCCCGUCUUACCCCGGUGGCUUCGGCUGCUAAAAGGUUUGCAAGCAAUUAUUUAUCAGUUAUUGAUCUGAUUGUGACUGCCGAGUCCAAUCUAUUUCUGUGAAAGCACCAUUGAUCACGGUGCAUGGUUGAUAUUUCGUGUUGAAUAAUGUAGCUUGUGUGAAACUGGAAAUGCUACAUUGCUAGCUCCCGCUGUGGAGCUAGGUUACUGUACUGAGCAAGAUAAUCAAGAUCCAAAGUGUCUUUUCUUUCUCUAAAAUGUGCUUUCCUUUCCUCUUUUACACACAAACCUAACACACGCACACACCAUGGCUUCAUCUCUCAUCCACGUUACAAGCUUUACAGCAUACAGCCCUUGGAUGUAUCAUAAGAGAGAACCAAGGCGAUGUAAUCACUAUGUCUGUAGUAACGUUAUGUAGGCAUAUAAAGUGUUACCAUUCUCUUAAUACAUCCAUGCUAGCUACCCCUGAUGUUAGCUACUAGCCAAUAGCCCCGCCAGUUUGGGAAACGCUAAUGACGUACGUUACAUAGUUAUACGUUACAGGCUUUACAGCAUACAUAC